AUGCGGGUCAAAUCAGCAACACAGUUAUUUAGUCACAGUGUUGCUGUAGUGACUGAACAUUUAACAGCAAGAGGUGACCUUCCUAAUGAAUGCCGACAAUUAAUAGAUUUUAUUUUGUUAGUUGAUAAUCUGUUUGAUUCAUUAAAUGUUAGCAGUUUAUCUGUUCAAAAUGGUAAAAUUUAUAAAGGGCCUAUUAAACGCAAUUCACCUCAUCAUCAAUUAUGGCAAAAAGCUAAAGAAAUAUUAAAAACCACAAAAUAUAUUAAGAAAGUUAGAUUUGGAGAUAAAACACGAUUGACAGAAACUAUUGCACCAUCUAUAACAAAUUUAAUUAAAACUGUAGAGGGUAUAGAAUCUCUUUGGAAGUUAUUGUCUAGAAAAUAUGGCAUUGAUGCAAUGUUGACAAGAAAUUUCAACCAAGACCCUAUAGAAAACUUUUUCGGGAAUAUCAGGAGUUAUGGUGUUAGAAACAUUGCUCCAAAUACUGUCUCAUUUGAGGGGGCCUUCAAGGCUUUGAUGAUAAAUAAUUAUAGUGAGCCCCAUUCAAGUGGAGCCAAUAGUGAAGAAGAUCACAAUGAGCGUCUUCAAAGUUUGGACUUCUUCCUUAAAGAUAAGAACAUAAUAACUCCUGAUAUCCCUGAUACUAAUGAUACUAUUCAUUUUAACAGUGAAAUUUGCUUUGACCAAUCCAAUGAAAUUGACGCUGGUCAAAGCAAUUAUGUCUGCGGAUGGGUUUUAAAGAGAUGCUUUAAAUUUAUAAUAAAAGGUUGUCAACAUUGCAAACAAACAUUGUUUGAAAAUGAUAUGUCAAAUGACAAUAAUUCAUUUAUCUAUGCCAAAGAGUACAUGAAUAGAAAAUGGCUGUGCUAUCCUAAUAAAGAAGUGGAAUCGUAUUUCAAAGAAAUCCACAAUAUGACCACUUCUUUUUUUUUAAAAAAAUGUACCCAAAACAGGUUUGAAGAAAAAUAUUGUUUUGUUUCUGAACAUGCUAUC